GAAUAGGAUCGAUUCAGCAAAAGUUCUGUGUAAUACAAACGGAGUUUUUCAAGUCUUUACGGCGAGCACUACAAUUUUAUUUUAAUUUUUUAGUUUUAUAUUGAAAGUUUGUUGUGAAAAUCUCAAGAUGGUUGCUACGAACCACGCAAACAUCCAGGAUGAGCAGUUGGAAUCCAUUUCCCAACAGCCGUUGCAUCAGGUAAACACGCCAUUUGCGAAGGCCACUUUUGGUAUGGGGUGCUUUUGGGGAUGUGAUUCGCUCUUUGGAGCUACCAGAGGUGUUUUGCGUACACGGGUAGGCUAUGCUGGUGGCACCACGGAGGCUCCCGUAUAUAAGAACAUGGGAGAUCACACGGAAGUAAUCGAAAUUGAUUAUGAUCCGCAAAAGAUAAGCUAUAAUGAGUUGUUGGACUUAUUCUGGAAUAAUCAUGAGUAUGGACUCACGACUCGGAUCAAGCGUCAGUACAUGUCGUUAAUUUUGUACCACAAUGAGGAGCAGCGCGUGAUUGCCGAAGCAAAUCGAAUUGAGGAGCAGAUAAAGCGAACACCGGAGCAGAUCAUCACCGAAAUUGCCCCGGCGGGCCCAUUUUAUCCGGCAGAAAACUACCAUCAAAAAUACCGCCUGCAAGGACAUACUGAUCUGGCCAAGAGCAUAGGGUUGACGCCUGAACUGUUACACUCGUCGCACGUGGCGGCACGUCUGAACGGUUAUCUCAUCGGUGUGGCAGGGCUGGAACAAUUUGAAGAAGAAGCAAAAUUGUUGGGGUUAACUAAAGACCAGGUUCAAUAUGUUCGUGAAUACGUUAUCCAGAACGAAGGCGGGGGUAUUUUUUGUUGAAGCAUUUCGAGUUUGUAAUACAUCUCAAUGUUUUGUGCAUUCAUAUCUUGGGUUAGGUAUGUGGAAAGCAUAUUCUUAUUCCUAGUGAUAACUGAUCUAUACUGUUAAAUUUUUUUAUUGAAAUCAACGGAAUAUUUCAAACCUGCAAUUCAGAGAAAUUAAAUGAAUAGACAAACAAACAAAUCGUGCAAGGUGCUAUGUGUUUCAACCCCAGUAGGUUUGUUCGUUGUAAACAUUCUAAAUUCUACAGCAAGCGAUGUGAGUAAUAUAUUUUAAAUACAAAUA